CGCAUACUCCCCCUUCUCCUGCCGUUAUCCCGUAGUCAAGCUCCCUCUCUUUCUAAUAAUCACAUCACACUGUUUUCAACAGUUUCGACUGCUACAGCUGCUGCGUGUAACCAUUUGUCACUUGUUUCGGAGAAACAAUGAAUUAUGAUUCGUCGUGGGCAGGACCAUUACAUAAACGUUCAUGUACAGAUUGUUUUUGGCUUAUUAUUUUUGUAAUAUUUUUAUCUGGUUGGAGCUCAAUAGCCUAUUAUGCUUUAAAAAAUGGAAACAUUGAAAAACUUAUUCAUCCAAGUGACAGUGAAGGACGAAAAUGUGGUAUUGACUCACAAGUAAAAGAUAAGCCAUAUUUAAUUUUUUUUGAUUUAACAAAAUGUGCUAGAAUUUCUCCGGAAUAUCGUACGUGCCCUACGACACAAGUUUGUGUAAAAGAAUGUCCUCAAAAAAAUUUUCUUUACGACGACAUUAAAAAUAUCGGCAUCAAUCAAUUAAAGUCUCAAUUGAUUUGCAAAACUGACGUAAAGUUGGAUAAAGUUACUCGACUUCAAGAAAUAAAAAUUUUAGUGAAUCAUGAAAAAUGUGCUAGAUGGUAUUUGGAAAGUACGUCAAUUUUCCGUCGAUGCUUUCCGAAAAAAGUUUGGAACGAAUUUGUUAAUGCCACAAUUACACAACCACAAUUAAAAAAUGCCAAAGAAGUCGUUGUAGCUGUUGCUUCUAUAGAGGAUGUUUUACAAAAAGUUUAUCAAGAUAUUAAUGUGACUAAAUACACAGUACUUGGAAUUGCCAUAACUAGUGGAUUUGUGUCUCUUUUCUAUAUUGUUAUUUUGAGAUGGUUAGCAACCCCGUGUGUAUGGAUGACAAUAUUGGCCAUUUGUGGACUGUUAGGUUAUGCCAUUUAUGAGACAAGUAUAAUUUACUUAAGAAAUCGAUAUGUAGAAUGGCUAGUUCUUCUCAUAUUAUGCGCAAUCUUUUUAUCUUUGAUUGUAUUAGUGACGUUGUUUCUGCGCAAAAGAAUUUAUUUGGCAUGCCAACUUAUCAAAGAAUCCAGCAAAGCUGUGACAUGUAUUCUAUCAAGUUUAUUUUUUCCAAUAAUACCAUGGAUACUCCAUUUAUUGGUUUUAACAUAUGGAAUAACAAUAUUCUUAUUUCUUUUAACAAUAUGGAAACCGAACUAUCGAGUCGAAAUGAUGGACGAUGAUCAAUGUUUAUGUGAACCCUCUUUAAAUUAUUAUACUAAUUCAGUAUGUGAUCCAGAUGAAUUCAAUUCUAAAUGUAGACAGUUAUCUGGAGAACCUUGUACCUUAUCAGCCUGUAAUUUGAUUAGCAAAGAUAGACCAUGGUUUAUCAAGUACUUUCAUGCUGUUAAUGUUGUUGGAUUAUAUUGGCUAUUUUUCUUUGUUUCGGCAUUUGGAGAAAUGGUAUUAGCAGCAACCUUUGCUACAUGGUAUUGGACAUUCAAGAAAAGAGAUAUACCUUACUUUACAAUUACUGUUGGUUUCUGGAGAACCAUAAGAUAUCAUUUGGGAACAUUGGCAUUUGGUGCCCUUAUUUUAACCAUCUGCCGAAUUAUUCGGCUUUUAUUAGAAAUGAUACUGAAAAAAGCCAAUAAUAAAUUUGCUGAUGCAAUAAGAUGUUGUUGCAGAUGUUUUUUCUAUUUAUUAGAAAAUUUUUUGAAAUUUAUAAAUAAUAAUGCAUACAUCAUGUGUGCUGUACAUGGUAAAGGUUUUUGUCAUUCCGCUAGAGAUGCAUUUAAUCUACUUAUGCGAAAUGUUGUACGAGUUGUAAUUAUAAACAAGAUUACAAGUUGGCUUUUAUUAUUGGGUAAACUUUUAAUCAGUGGAUUAACCGUGGCUGCUACUUGGUGGUAUUACGCUAAUAAUGGCAAGGCUGACGUUAAUUUUUGGGCAGUACCUGCUACAAUGACUGCAAUUGCCUCUUUCUUAAUAGCUACCGUGUUUUUCAAAGUACACGCAGCAGCUAUCGAUACACUUUUUCUUUGUUUUCUCGAAGACUGCGAGAGGAAUGAUGGUUCUAAAGAAAGACCGUAUUAUAUGAGUAAAAGACUGAAAAAAUUGUUGUAUAAGUGAUGUUUAUACUAUCUAAAGCAAUAUCAUUUUUAUAUUUAUAUAUUUUUAUACAAACUUGAGGCUGUUCUUUAAAACAUAUGUACCUAUUAUUAUAAUGUUAUGUGUUAUU